AUGGAUUUACGCCGCAGCUCUGGGUGCUGCCGCCGCCGGUUGGUUUGGCUUCUGUUGGCGUGCUGCGCCGUGCCCUUGGCCGCCCGGAGGAACAUCCCGCGGAGUCAAGAUAGAUUGGGGCCUCCUCUGGAUAUAAUACUGGACUCACUGAAUUGCACAGCAUUCAGCAUACAAUGGAGAAUGCCUCGGCAGCACGCAAGUAUCAUUUCAGGGUACACUGUAUACUACACGGAGGUCACGGUGGAUAAACCAAUUAAACAGAAGUCACAUGAUGUGCCUCUCAGUCUGGACAUGCUCAGUAUGGGUCAACUGGAUGGGCAAGCAAUUUUUGAAGUUGUUAUUGGAGAUUUGAAGCCAGGGACAGUACACCGCGUGAGUGUUGGAGCUUACGGCUGGACUGGAAAAGGCAGACCCAGCAUGCCCAGAGAUAUAACAACUUUAUCAGAAGAUAAAUGUAUGCCUCCUGACCCACCUUUCCAACCCCAAGUCAUCGUUGUUUCUGAUUCAGAAGUUGCCCUGUCAUGGAAACCAGGGCCCAGCGAAGGAAGUUCCCCAAUUCAGUACUACACAGUGGAGUUCAUCAGGCCCGAGCUUGACACCAAUUGGACUGUAAUUAGAGAGCAGAUCCAGAUGGACUCCAUGGUUCUGAAGGGGCUAACUCCAGAGUACAAAUACCAGUUUGCAGUCCGAGCGACGAAUUCGUAUGGAUCCAGUCUGCCUAGUGCUCCCAGCAGUAUUAUCAGAAUGUUCAACCCAGAGGAAUUAGGGAGCGGAAGCUACAGGCAUCAAUAUAUCACAGACUCUGGAACAGGGGAUGAUGACGGAAUUGACAUUGAUGAUUCAGAUUAUGACAUUUACAUCGACGAGCUCAGACCGCUUCCUGCUAUCAAAGGAGGUAACAGGAAGUUUUUAGUUGAAACCAAGUUCAUGCAAGGGUCUAAUCCAAGGCUCCUUUCUAGGCUGCUUUCAACUCCUUCAUAUCCCACUAGCUCCCCUGUGACUACAGCACGCCCACCAAAUACCACCACCACCGUUACGGCAAAGACCACCAGGAAGAACACUGUUGCUUCAUUGGUGAGACAGUUUGAUCAGCCGUGUGAUGAAACCUUCUGCUCUACAGACAGCUUUUGUGUCAAUGACUACGAGAGAAGUGGUUCUCGUUGCCACUGCAACCUAGGCAAAGGAGGGGAGACAUGCACAGAAGAUGUGAAUAUCCAGUAUCCUCAGUUUUUUGGCUACUCUUAUAUCACCUUUGAACCUCUGAAGAAUUCCUACCAGACAUUCCAGAUCUCUGUUGAAUUUAGGUCUGAAGCCGAAGAUGGCUUGCUUCUCUACUGCGGAGAGAAUGAGCACGGGCGUGGUGACUUCAUGUCAGUGGCAAUCAUCAGACGAAGCGUUCAGUUCAGGUUCAACUGCGGUACAGGAAUUGCAAUCAUUACAAGCGAGAACAAAAUUAAGCUGGGCAACUGGCACCGAGUGACUGUGUUUAGAGACGGACUGAACGGUUGGCUUAAGCUGGAUAACAACCCUCGAGUUCCUGGUAAAUCUCAAGGUCAAUACAGCAAGAUUACCUUCCGGACUCCUUUCUAUCUUGGAGGUGCUCCAACUGCCUACUGGCUAGUGAGGUCUGCAGGAAUCAACCGAGGGUAUCAAGGGUGUGUUCAGUCACUCAAUGUGAAUGGGAAGGCCAUCGACAUGCGGCCCUGGCCUCUGGGGAAAGCUCUUAGCGGAGCAGACGUAGGUGAAUGCAGUAGUGGAAUUUGCGACGAGGCUUCCUGCGUUAAUGGUGGCACCUGCGCAGCAAGCAAAGCCGAUAGAUACAUAUGUCUUUGCCCACUUGGAUUUAAAGGCCGACACUGUGAAGAAGCUUUUACCCUUGCAAUACCUCAGUUCAAUGAAACCUUUAAAUCCUUUGCUACAACUCCCUGGCCAUUGGAACCACAGAACUAUCUUUCCUUCAUGGAGUUUGAGAUGACAUUUCGCCCAGUUUCAGGGAAUGGCGUCCUUUUGUACAGCUAUGACACAGGGAGCAAAGACUUCCUUUCUAUUAUCCUGGUGGACAGCUAUGUGGAAUUCAGGUUUGAUUGUGGGUCAGGCACUGCUAUAAUCAGGAGUGAAGAACCUGUUAGCUUGAAUCAGUGGCAUGAAUUAAAAGUGUCCCGUACAGCCAAAAAUGGCAUCCUACAAGUUGAUCAGCAAAGACCUGUUGAAGGAAUGGCUGAGGGAGCUUUCACACAGAUUAAGUGCAAUCCUGACAUAUUUAUUGGUGGAGUACCAAAUUAUGACAAUGUGAAGAAGAACUCGGGAGUCCUCAGACCAUUCUCUGGGAGUAUUCAAAAGAUUGUCCUCAAUGACCGGGUGAUAGACAUGAAGCAGGAUUUCACAUCUGCAGUCAACCUGGAGAAUGCUCUCCAUCCCUGUGUCAGUGCCCCCUGUGCCAACGGGGGCUCCUGCUUGCCCAAGAAGGACAGCUAUGAAUGUGAUUGCCCCUUGGGUUUUGAUGGGCAGCACUGCCAGAAAGCUGUUACAGAAGCAAUUGAAAUUCCUCAGUUUAUCGGCCGCAGUUACCUCACGUAUGAUAGUCCAGAAAUUCUUAAAAGAGUGUCAGGAUCAAGAACAAAUGUGUUCAUGAGGUUCAAGACAACGCUGAUGGAUGGCCUAUUGAUGUGGCGGGGAGACAGUCCUAUGAGGCCCAACAGUGAUUUCAUCUCAUUAGGUCUUCAAGAUGGCGCCUUAGUCUUCAGCUAUAAUCUGGGCAGUGGCAUUGCUUGCAUUAUGGUGAAUGGCUCUUUCAACGAUGGCCGAUGGCACAGAGUAAAGGCAGUUCGAGAUGGACAAUCUGGCAAAGUCACAGUGGAUGAUUAUGGUGCUAGAACUGGUAAAUCACCUGGAAUGAUGAGACAAUUGAACAUCAAUGGAGAUCUGUAUGUUGGUGGAAUGAAGGAAAUCGCACUACAUACAAACAGACAAUAUAUGAGGGGACUGGUGGGGUGUAUUUCUCACUUCACCCUUUCAACCGAUUAUCAUAUUUCGCUGGUUGAAGAUGCAGCUGAUGGGAAGAACAUUAACACUUGUGGGACAAAAUAAGAGCCGGAGAGUCUUCACGUGGAAGAACCUGCGUGAUGUAAACGCCCACCGUACACAUUGAAGACUUUUUUAAAAACCGCCUAGGGGCAGAAACUGAACUGAAACAAAAGGGAACUGUUUCCCACUCUCCUUUUUUAAAAAAAAUGGUGGGAUGCUGUGCUGUCUCAGAUAAACUCUUCAUUACUACAGAUUUAGAAUAUAGUUCAGAAAAAGCCCCAGUAUACUUGCAUAGGGCUGGUGUUUCUUCUGCUAGUUCUGUGCACAAGUGUUCCAUCUUUGCCAGACCUACAGCCAUACACACAAUAAACCACUGGCAUUUGCAACCGGCAACCGCUUAAGUGAGCAGUAGACAGGUGGGCAACAAAAUGAACGUUCCCUGGCUUUGAAGAGUUGGGUUUUGUGACCUUGAAUAGUGCCUGCCUGGCUUCCUUGUUUCGGUUCAAGGCAAGCUGUAAGGGCUCUAAGUUUUCCUGUGCUACUGCCUUGAUUCCCACCAGGUGCCCAGCAGCCCUGCUUGAGUAAAUAUCGUGUCCCAUACAGAAUAGUAGGAGGUGGGCUUUAACACUGGUAGCAAUGCCUAAUGGGAACAUCCUAGACUGCAUAAUCUUGUGGGAAGACACAUACUAUCAGCAACCGUGAUGAAGAAUAGCACCAUCUCUUCAGUUUUGAAGGAGAAGAGACUCCCAAGCCUGCACUAAAACGACACCUUCAGUAUCAACUGCUGUUCCAGCCUCCUUUGAGCCUCCGUGGAGAAAAGAAGCCAAUGACCAAAGAGUUUCUGGGCUACUGCAUUCUGCUGCAUGUUUGAAUAAGUCCCUGGAGCCCCACAGUGAAACCUCUGCAUGUUGAAAACUAGCAAGUCAUGGAGAAGGGUUGGAGUCUUCUCCUUCUAAUCUAGUUUUGUUCUAAUAGAGGGGAGCAUUCAUUCUUGCCACUUCCUGUUGAAAUGGUAGAAUCUAGGAACAGUUUUAACCUGGUACCCUGCUGGUUUUGCUUCAUCUUUACUUUUCUCCCUCCAUAGCAAGCAGCACAGGACUCUAUUGUCCUUUACUCUUUCACACAGACAGAAGUGAGCAAAUGAAAGACUGGUAUUCUGCAAUGUUGAGGCUUCCAAGGCGUACAUUGGUGGUCAGUAGAGGUCAUGCAUCAGUCCAUUAUCCCAAGAGCGAUAUAGCAGGUUGGUAGCUGCGUGUUUGCAAAGCAAUGCACGGAGAACAUCUUUGGAACUACAACAGAUCAUGUAAUGUCACAAUGACUGUGUCGUCCAGCAAGCCUAGUGGCGUAUUUCAAAAGCGCUAUAUUUAUGCAUUUAUUUUCCUAUUCCAGACUCAUCAAGCCACAUUUACAGAGCGAAAAAAUUUCCAGCUCCAUUUUGCCCAGUGUAAAUAACCAUCAAGCUAACCCCUUUGCAGAUUCUGCUCUGUACUGAAGAGGACCGUUCCUACUAUUUACAAAGUUUACUUUUUUAUUAUAAGCAAUGAAAAUCAACAACCACAUUUUAUAGCAGUAAUUUUGUACAUGUAUAUUUUUAUAUAGCAUCAGCUGCAGAAUCGAUUGGCUAGCAUAAUUUUGUAAAUGGAUUAGGCAUCUUACUAUCACCAAGAGGAGGAAAGCCGAGGUUUAUCAGACUGUGGGUCAUGCGAGUUUCAUAUGUGCUGAUUUUAUGGUUUCCGUGGAAAUGUUUGUGAAACGUAACUGGUUUUACCUUUUUUGUUUGUAAAUUUAGACAGCUGAAUAUGUACAUUAAUGAGAUUUUUCUGCU